UUCUAGCAAUCAAAGAAUGAAAUUGAAAUAAAAAAAAAAAUUUAACAUUACAAGAAUGGCCUCUAUAAAAGUAGCAGUACGUGUACGACCAUUUAAUCAAAGAGAGAAAUCAAUGGAUGCCAAAUGCAUUAUUCACAUGGAAAGUAAUCGAACAUGUAUUAUAAGUUCUAAGGAUCUUAACACAAGUGAAAAUGAGGAAGUUGGGAAAGAUAAUGUCAAAGAAUUUUUUUUUGAUUAUUGCUACUGGUCUUGUGAUAAAAAUUCUUCAAAUUAUUCUGGACAAGAUGUUGUAUAUAGUGAUCUUGGGACAGGAGUUGUUACUGCUGCUGAUGAAGGUUAUAAUGCUUGCAUUUUCGCUUAUGGCCAGACAGGAAGUGGAAAAACACACACUAUGAUGGGAGAACCAGAAAAUGAAGGGUUGAUUCCCAGAAUAUGUGAGAACCUUUUUAAUCAAAUGCAUGAGAAGGAAGAUGACGGUGUUUCAUUUCGCACAGAAGUAAGUUAUUUAGAAAUAUAUAAUGAGAAAGUCAGAGACUUGCUGCGCACACAUCAGGCAACAAAAGUAGGUCAGCCAUUACAUCCAAUGAAAGUUCGUGAACAUCCCAAAGAUGGACCAUAUGUCCAAGGUUUAACAAAGCAUCUGGUUUCAGAUUAUCAUGCAAUUGAGACUAUUAUGAAACAAGGAAAUGAGCGAAGAACAACAGCUUCAACAAACAUGAAUGAUACUAGUAGUCGUUCACAUGCAAUAUUUACUAUUCGCUACACACAGGCAAAGUUUUUGCAUGAUAUGCCAAGUGAAACAACUAGUAAGAUCAAUCUUGUUGAUCUAGCCGGAAGUGAACGAGCAAACUCUACUGGUGCGACAGGUUUAAGACUAAAGGAAGGUGGCAAUAUAAACAAGUCCUUGGUUACCUUAGGAUCUGUCAUUUCUUCUUUAGCGGAAGCAUCAACUAAUCCUAAAAAGAGUAAUCUGUUUAUUCCCUAUCGAGAUUCAGUUUUAACAUGGUUACUAAAAGAUAGUUUAGGAGGCAACUCGAAAACCAUCAUGAUAGCUGCAAUAUCACCUGCAGAUAUAAAUUACUCUGAAACUUUGAGUACAUUGCGAUAUGCAAAUAGAGCAAAGAACAUUAUAAACAAGCCAACUGUUAACGAGGAUACCAAUGUCAAGCUCAUUAGAGAUUUAAGGGCAGAAAUUGAUAAGCUUAAAUCUAUUAUUGGUCAGGAAGUUCUGAGUGAUGCAGAUAGAAUAGCAGCGCGUAAACUUUAUGAAAAUGAGGAACGACUUGGUGCUUUAACAGACAAGUGGAAAGAUAGAUGGAAAGAAACACAGAAAAUUAUGCAGGAUCGUGCACUAGCCUUUCAACAUCGCAUUGAUGCAGGAAUUCGAAUGGAGUCUGAAUUACCUCAUUUGAUUGCGCAUGAAGAUGAUCUUUUAAGUACUGGAAUUCUUCUUUAUCAUUUAAAGGAAGGAAAAACCUUUGUUGGUACUGAAAAUUCAAAAACACAACCAGAUAUAGUUGUUAGUGGACCUGAUAUUCAAGGGGAACAGUGCAUUAUUGAAAACAAUGAUGGUUUUGUAGUUCUUGAUCCAUUUCCUACAGCGAUAUGCUCAGUAAAUGGUGAAAUAGUAAGCAAAAGAACACGUUUACAGCAAGGUGAUGUUGUGACUUUGGGAAAAACUGCAAUUUUUCGCUUUAACCACCCAAAAGAGGCAGAAGAACUACGAGAAAAAAGAAAGUCAGUUGGACCAGGACUUAGUUCUUUAUCUGUGAAGUAUCAUAGUGAAACAGACCUACUGAAGAAAAUGAUAAAUGUGGAACGGCAAAAAAGAGAGGAAGAUCUUACAAAGCAAUUGGACGAAUCUCGUAUGCUCUUGGAAAAACAAAAGCAAGAAGAAGAACGACGCAUGGAAGAAGCUAGAAAUGAGUUUGCACGUCAAAUAAGAGAAGAGUCCAGAAGACUACAAGAAACUAGGGGAGAAUUGCAAGGAAGACUUAGAGCUCGUCUUCAAAAUGCCUUAACUCCGGAAGAGAUUAGAAAACAUUUAGCAGAACUUGAACAUCAGCACAAUGACGCAGAAGUUAAAAGAAAACAAAGGGAAAAAGAACUUGUUGAUAGUAUCAAUGAAAAGAUUUCACUUAUAGACGAACAACAAAAUUGUUUAAAUGAUCUUGUAGAGAAAUGCAAGACUGUCAAAGAUAAAAACAAACAAAGUAUUGAGCAAGAAAUUAAAAACUUUUUUCAAUUAAGAAGAACUGAGACAUCAGCUCUUGAUAUAGAAAUAAACAAGUUUAUUAACACCAAAUCAUUGGAUUGUACUAAAAUAACUGAAUUAAAGGAAGUUUGGAAUGGAGAGUCAUUAAAAUUAUUCCAUCAAGAAAAUAUAUGUGACAUUUUAAAAAAUGAAAUAAAGGAAUGUAUUUUUGCAUUAGAUCAAAAAGCAACCUUAAGUAAUGAAGACAAAAUCAGCCUAGAAGCUCGAAAAAGUCAGUUACUUUCUAAAGCUUGCAUUGAACAAGCUAAGCUUGAAGAGGUUUUCCAUAGCAAAGCAAAAGCACUCAAAAAGUAUGAGCAAAAUUUUUUAAAUCGAUAUCAGUUUUUACUUUGGGAAAAAGAAGCUAUAAAUGAUAAAAGCUUGCAAAAGAAAAAUAUGCUGGAUAAUGAAAUAGCCAUUCUUAAAGAGGCAAUGUCAGAAGCCCAAAGUCAGUUGGAUGAGAUUAGUACUAAAUUUUUUGAAGUUGAAGCUCAAGAAAAUGAAAAAAUUGCAUCUGAGCGUUAUAAAGUGGAUCAAAUAAAGAAAAUUUCAAUGAAGCAGCGCAUAGAAGACCAACGAGAUUUUAAUGAAAAGGUUCAGCAAUAUAGAAAUUUAUUAAGAAAAGGUCAAGAUUCUAUAGAUGUAAAAAAUGCUGAAAUAGAUUUGAUUCGAAAAGAGUUAAAUGCUAUUCUCCUAACAAAAAAUGAACAUUCAAAGUCAAAAGCUGAAAGUUUACAAGGAAACUUAAACAGCAUGAUUGAAGAUCUUGAUGAGCUUAAAAAAAAUUACCUCAUUCUAAAGAAUGAAGAAGAAAAAAUAAUUACAAACAUGUUGGGAGAGCUAAACAAUAAAAAAGCACAAAUCGAAAAUAACAUUAAAAUGGCUGAAAGAGUUUUGAAUGAGCUUCAAAAUCUUUCUAGUGAAAAGAUUAAUGCACUUAAAAAACAAGUUAAUUGUGCAGAAAAUAAUGUUUUUCAUUGUGAAGAAAACAUUGCUAAGUGCAAUCAAAAUUUAAAUGAAAUUAAUAAAUGGUAUGAUGAAGCUAACGCUCAACUUGACACUGAGCUGCUUUAUGUAGCAUACCUUGUGGAAAAAGAGCUGCAAGGAAAAGAAGAGUUUCAGGAUGUUUUGAGUUCAAUAAAUGUAGCCAAGCUCAAAUUAGAGCAAAUUACAAAAAACUAUUCAGAAAGUAUUGAGAAUUUUAAAAAAGAUUAUGAAGUUGUUUCAAAACCUUUAACUGAGGCCAAAGAUCAAGCACAAGUUGUUUUAGAAGAUUUAUUGUGCGCACGGAAUGUUGCAGAAAUGACAUUGAAUGAGUUAAGAGAGCAGUUUUCUGUUGAGCGUAAAAUUGAACUAGAGGAAAUUUAUAGUUUAAAGGAAAAAUUACAAGGAUUAUCUGAAAAAUUUGUCAGUCCUGAAAACUAUAAAGCACGUGACAAUAAUCUAAACUCAAGUAUUGUUUCAAAUGAAAGUGAUUUCAAUAUCAGUGAAAUACUUGACAAGCAAAAACAACAAAUUGAAGAUGAAAUGUUUGAAAAAAUCAUUAACAUGGAAAGUGUGAUGCAACAAGAGCUUACAGAGUUAAAACAGAGGGAAAUGCACCUUUUAGCCUGCUUACAAAGUGACAAAGAAAAGUUGCUUCUAGAAAAGUUCUCUUUGGAAAAGAAAGAAGAUUCAAGUGAACGUUUUCUUGAAGUGGCACGUUUGUUAAAAAUCAAAGAUGAUGAACUGAAAGUAGCAAGAGAUAUUGCAACCAGAGAAAUAGAAAAGCUUCAUAAUGAACUUGCAAAUGCAAACAAUGAAAUUAUCAUCCUUCAGGAAAGAUUGGAAAAGUAUGACUCAAAUAGUAGUUUAUUAUCUCCUGACUAUGAAGAUGAUGAUCUAUCUGAUACAGAAGUUUCCCAACUGCUUAUUAGAGUGAACAAGAGUGAGGGUUUUGAUGAUGAAGAUGAAUUAAUAGCUCGUUUACGCAACUCGCCUCCAUCUCCUCCUCCGACUCCUAUCCACAGAUUUCUGAAAUCAGUAAAUAUUUAUAAAAUGAACCAAAUUAAUGGUUGUAUACCUAGAUAUAUUUUGCGUGGCAUUGGAAAAGGUUCCUAUCAUGUAUUCGAAGUCAAGUUACGAAUUGGCAAUAUUAGUUGGACAGUAUAUCGUCGCUACCGGCAAUUUCGUGAACUGCAUAGACAAACCCUUCGAAAUCAUCCAAUAAUAGGAAAUUUGGAAUUUCCAUCGCGUCGAUAUUUUGGUAAUCUUGCUGAAGAUUUUGUACGCGUAAGAAGAACCCAACUUGAGGCCUACCUCAUAGCUUUCCUUGCAAUUCUUUCAAACGAUCCAACGUGUCGUAUUUACGCAAUCAGUCAUCGAUCGCUAACUAAACAAGAUUUAGCCAUUUUUCAUCCAUUUUUUAAAGAAGGUAUUUACGAACGUAAUAAAAAUGAUUGAUUUCAUACAAUUUUACAAUUAUUUGAAACGUUUAAAAAAUUUUUAAAACAAUAUAUUUAUAUAAGUUUCAAAAUUUUAUUAACUUUCAAAGGAUGUUCAUAUCUUGCUAAUCUUUUUUUUUUUAAUUAAAAAAAUUAUUUUAAUAUAUGGAAUUUGUGUUUUUUUAUUAUAAAUUUUUUUUUUAAUUUUAUAUAUUACUUUUGUUUUUAUCAUACAGCCGAAGUUUUAUUCUCACAAACCUUUUUGAAAAGUCAUCAGUUUUAUGACAUUUUUCUGCAAUGACAAUUU